AUGGCUACUACUCCUGGAUUUCUCACUGAUUGGCCUUGGAAGCACCUCGGUAACUUCAAGUACGUGAUUUUGGGUCCAUGGAUUUGUGAGAGUGUGUAUUGUUUUGUAAGGAAAGAGGAAUAUGAGAGAGAUUGGACAAACUUUCUCAUAUUGCCUUUUUUAGUAUCAAGAAUGGUUCACAAUCAGGUGUGGAUUAGCUUCUCCCGUUAUCGAACUGCGAAAGGCAAUAACCGCAUUGUUGACAAAGGCAUUGAAUUUGAUCAAGUUGACCGAGAAAACAACUGGGACGAUCAGAUUAUAUUGAGCGGGAUUUUGUUAUAUGUUUUCAAUACAUUGACUUAUGGAGCUUCAAAUUUGGCAUUAUGGAGAUCAGAUGGUGUGUUGAUAUCAAUAUUCCUUCAUGCGGGUCCUGUUGAAUUUCUCUAUUAUUGGCUUCACAGAGCAUUGCACCAUCAUUAUCUCUAUUCUCGCUAUCAUUCUCAUCAUCACUCUUCCAUUGUUACCCAGCCCAUCACAUCUGUGAUUCAUCCAUUUGCUGAGCAUAUAGCAUAUUUCCUCCUAUUUGCUAUUCCAACCUUAACAACAGUGUUUACUGGGACUGCUUCUCUGGUUUCUCUCUUUGGAUACAUUACUUAUAUUGAUCUCAUGAAUAACAUGGGACACUGCAACUUUGAGUUCAUUCCCAACUGGAUUUUCUCCAUAUUUCCACCUCUCAAAUACACUAUGUAUACACCCUCGUUUCACUCCUUGCAUCAUACUCAAUUUCGUACAAAUUAUUCUCUAUUUAUGCCAAUUUAUGACUAUAUCUAUGGGACGAUGGACAAGUCUACUGAUUCGUUAUAUGAAAAGUCACUAAAGAGACAAGAAGAUGCACCUGAUGUGGUACAUUUGACACAUUUGACUACCCCAGAAUCCAUCUACCAUAUCAGGCUAGGAUUUUCGUCAUUGGCUUCAAUGCCUGAAAACCAUAAAUGGUACAUCUGGUUCAUGUGGCCACUGACUUUGUGGACUAUGAUCAUCAAUUGUAUCUACGGACGCAUUUUCAUUUUGGAGAGAAAUAGCUUCGAAAAAUUUAAUUUCCAAUCUUGGGCCAUACCAAGAUACAAUUUACAGUACUUGUUGAAAUGGCAAUCACAAGCUAUUAAUAGCUUCAUAGAGGAUGCUAUACUACGAGCAGAAGAAAAAGGUUCCAAGGUCUUGAGUCUUGGCCUUUUAAACCAGGAUGAGGAACUUAACAGAAAUGGAGAAGUUUACAUAGAAAGGCACCCUAAACUAAAGAUGAAGGUGGUGGAUGGAAGCAGCUUGGCAGUUGCUGUUGUGCUAAACAGCAUUCCAAAAGGAACGACACAAGUUCUUCUCAGAGGAAAUCUUACUAAAGUUGCCUUUUCUCUUGCCUCUGCUCUCUCCCAAAGGGGCAUCCAGGUAGCUACUUUGUACAAAAGUGACUACGAGAAACUAAAACUUGCUACUACGAGUAAUUUCGUGUUGUCAAACACAUUCGAUCAAAAGAUAUGGGUAGUUGGAGAUGGAUUAACAGAAGAAGAACAAAUGAAGGCAGGAAAAGGGACACAUUUCUUCCCAUUCUCACAGUUGCCUCCAAAGAAAGCUCGCCACGACUGCUUCUACCAUCACCCUCCUGCAAUGCUAGCUCCACCUUCUCUUCAAAACAUGCAUGCUUGUGAGAAUUGGCUUCCAAGAAGAGCAAUGAGUGCGCCAAGAGUGGCAGGAAUUGUGCAUGCCUUAGAAGGAUGGAAUGUACAUGAGUGUGGAGAUAAGAUGAUUGAUGUUCACCAGAUUUGGGAAGCCAGCAUCAACCAUGGAUUCAAACCUUUAGCUUUUGCUGAAUGA